AUGAAAUAUCAUUGUGUAGAAUAUUAUUCUGAAGAAACAAAUAUUAAAAAUACAAGGAAUGCUUGUUCCAUUAGACAAAAAAUUUUAAAUUUGUUAUCAUUUACUGGAAUUUUAUUAUUAGUAGUAGUACUAAACAAUAUAAUAAUAUGUGAGAAAGGUGAAACAAUAGAUGGAGUUGUUUAUCAUAUAUAUAGAAGAAAUUUAUCUGAAUUAGAAAGUGUAAAGAAUAAAGGAUUAAGAAGUAGCAGUGAAAAGAAUAUGUUAAAAAAUAACAAAGAUGAAAAAAAUAAUAAUAUUCCUCUUAUUUCACAAUGCAAUAAUAUAAAUUAUAAUGAUAUAUCAAAACAAUUAACACUGGAGGAUUUACAUAAUGUAUUAGAUAAUUUAAAAGAACGUCCAUCUGAUGAAGAUCUUCAUAACAUAUGGACUCAUGUUUUGGGUAUAUCUAAAGAAGGAUUUCAUGAUAUGAUAAGACAAUUAGCUCUUUAUAUCGAAGAUUAUUUACUUACAUAUGAAUAUCAACGUUAUCAUCAUUUUCCAGGUAGGGAUCUUAUUAUAACUAAUAGAACUAAAUACCGUACAUGGUAUAAAUCAAUGUAUGAAAUUGGAGUUGCACUAGCAUCUGCAGAUAGGGAACAUACACUGAAGUUUUUUAGUUUAAUUAAAGAUGGAGCAUCAAUUGAUGAAAUGAGAAACUUUAUUUAUUUAUUUAUAAAGUAUUAUGAUACAUUAAAAAAUGAUUUAUUUAAAAAGCAUAUGAACAUAUUUACAGAAAGGAUGAAUAAUCCCGUAAGAUUAAAUUUUUAA